AUGUUCUUUAACAAUUCGUUGUCAAAUCAAUCACAUAUAUUUCUCAAAGACCCUGUCACCGGUAAAAACCAGUCAAGAGAUCAAUUUUGGUCUCGAGUUGAGCAAGCUUAUAACAAUGCGAAACAACAACAUUGGGAUGAUCGAAACAAAAGAUCCUUGCAGUGUCGAUUUGGGAGUAUGAUUAUUGAAGUACGCAAAUUGAAGGCUUUCGUUCGAAAAAUAGAAAAUAUGAACCCGAGUGGUGCUUCGGAUCAAGAUAUUUUAAAUCAAGCCAAAGCAUUGUUCAGACAAGACAUCAAGUAUAAAAAAGGCUUCAGAUUUGAUCAUAUUUGGCAUAUUGUUAAGGAUAGCGAAAAGUUUACAGAUAACGUCAACGCCGGAAGACGAGCUUUUCAAAGGCCAAGUGCUAACUCUGCAUCACCACAGUCAAAGAAUCCGACUCCAGAGUCUCCCACAUCGGCAUAUCUUAUGUUGUCCACAUUUUCUCUCAACAUAGAUGAUGAGGAUAUUGGUGGUAGUUCACCUCAACGGACCGCUAGGGUGAAGAAAUCGGAAUUGAAAAGAAAAAAUGAUGAAGAAAUUUUAGCUGUCAUUAACACCAUCAGAGAACAAAAUAGACUGCUUGUGGAGAUGUUAAAACAAAGUACAUCGUUUAGGCAAAAAAAACUUCAAUAUGAGACCAAAAAAAAAAAAAAAACUGGCAUUGAUGGAACUUCGAGAAGAGAACAGUAUUUUACUGCAAGAUUUGUAUGUUGUACACAUCCCGAAUGUGCGUGAGUUUCUUUGAAC